GUCUCAGUUAGAUACACCCAAAAGAAACUCUUUCAAGAACUACCGUGGUCAAAAACCGAUUUUUCUUAUUUUUUCCUUCGUUUUCAGGAACAAAAAAACUUGGGUUAAAAAAAAAAUCUGUUCUCUCACAGCACACACAGAUCAAAUCAAAGCGGCAGAUCGGUCAAUUAUGGCUUCCGUCAACGAACGUGAAAACUUCGUUUACAUCGCUAAACUCUCCGAGCAAGCCGAGCGCUACGACGAAAUGGUGGAUGCGAUGAAGAAAGUAGCGAAACUAGACGUGGAACUGACUGUUGAGGAGAGGAAUUUACUGUCUGUUGGUUAUAAGAAUGUGAUUGGUGCGGGGAGAGCUUCGUGGAGAAUAUUGUCGUCGAUUGAGCAAAAGGAGGAGGCCAAAGGAAAUGAAAGUAAUGUUAAAAGGAUUAAAGGAUAUAGAGAGAAAGUUGAGUCGGAGAUUUCGAACAUUUGUAGUGAUAUUAUGACUGUUAUUGAUGAACAUCUUAUUCCUUCGUGCAAUGCUUCGGAAUCUACUGUGUUUUACUAUAAGAUGAAAGGAGAUUAUUAUAGGUAUUUGGCUGAGUUCAAGAGUGGAAAUGAGAGGAAAGAGGUUGCUGAUAAAUCAAUGAAGGCCUAUGAGACCGCUUCUACUACAGCAGAAACUGAUUUGCCUCCUACCCAUCCCAUUCGCCUGGGUUUGGCCUUAAACUACUCAGUUUUCUACUAUGAAAUUUUGAAUUCUCCUGAAAGGGCCUGUCACCUUGCCAAGCAAGCUUUCGAUGAAGCCAUCUCCGAGUUGGAUAGUUUGAGUGAGGAAUCUUACAAAGAUAGCACAUUGAUCAUGCAGCUUCUGAGGGACAAUCUGACUUUGUGGACAUCUGAUAUCCCAGAGGAUGGAGAAGAGUCCCAGAAGCAUGACAAAGCUAAUGGUGUCGGUCCUGGCAUAGAUGCAGAAGUGUGAAACUAACCAACUGUGGUCAGUGAUUAUGGUGCGACAUGAGCAAAUUAGUUGACUUUAGGAACCCUUAAUUUCCAAGAAAAACCAGCGUCGAGUUGUUGUUGUUGUUGUUGUUGUGAUAAUGUUGUAUGUUUGGACUGCCAACUUUACUUUCUUCUUGAAAGCUUCUUAUCUCUGUUUGUUCACCAAAUCUGAAAACAUUGCAAAGGUUGUUUAGAAGGAAUUUCUUUUUGUUUCA